AUGAGUCAAAAAGAGGAAGUGUCUCUAUACAUUGCUUUUAAUGCAGGAUCAUUCUAAGUUGCUGCCUCACAGGCUGGCUGGCUCAUAACUAGCACUCUGCUCACAUUUUCAUGCUGGUUUCAGUCUGUAACCGACUAGUGAAAAGCCAUGGAUGGGGUUAAACAGCUGAAGCUAGCCAUCUUGUGGAAUCUGCCCAUCCUUUUCCAGUCCUGCAUGGGCACAUAUGUAACAAGUGAUUAUGAGAUUGGUGACUACAGCAAUGCCACCCUUGACUAUAGGUUCUUUGAAGAAAUCUGCACCAAAGAUGAUAUUCGGAAGUUCCGGGCUACGUUCUUACCCAUCAUAUAUUCCCUCGUGUGCUUUGUGGGCCUGACAGGCAAUGGCCUGGUGAUGCUAACCUACAUCUACUUCAAGAGACUCAAGACAAUGACGGAUAUUUACCUGCUCAAUCUUGCUGUAGCAGACAUCUUCUUCCUGCUAACUCUUCCAUUCUGGGCUGUCAGCGCAGCCAAGUAUUGGAUCUUCAAGGACUUUGCUUGCAAGGCUGUCCAUUGUGUCUGCCAGAUGUGUUUCUUCAGCGGCAUGCUGCUGCUUCUCUCCAUCAGCAUUGACAGGUAUUUCGCCAUUGUCCAGGCCCCUUCAGCUCACCGCCUUCGUUCUCAGAGGGUGUUUGCCAGCAAGAUCACCUGCUUCUCCAUUUGGAUCCUAGCUUUCAUCCUUUCUAUCCCCGAAGUGAUCCACCGGGGUGUGCAUGAGUCUGCAAACCAAAAGCCACGCUGUACCCUCAUGACAGACAACUUGUUGGUCUUCAAUACUGUCAUCAGAGUAUCUCAGAUGGUCUUCGGCUUCUUGGUGCCUUUCCUCGUCAUGACCUCCUGCUACUGGAUCAUCAUCAGGACCUUGCAACAAGCUCGCAGCUUUGAGAAGAAUCGAGCCAUCAAGGUCCUCAUUGCAGUCAUGGUGGUCUUUGUCUUCUUUCAGCUUCCCUACAAUAGUGUUGUGCUUGCAGAGACCAUCUCCGCCUUCAACUACACCAGUGACCAGUGCAAUGUCAUCAAGCGCAUGGAUGUGGCCAGUGAUGUGACUUAUAGCCUGGCCUGCUUCCGCUGCUGCCUCAACCCUUUCCUCUAUGGCUUCAUAGGUGUCAAGUUCCGUAAUGACCUGCUACGGCUUCUCAAGGAUCUGGGUUGUCUCAGCCAUGCACAGCUUUGGCGAUGGUCGACAUACCAGGAGAACAAGCGGCAUUCUAUUGCCACAGAAACGGACACCACCACCACUUUUUCCCCAUGAGGUACAGCAGAGGCUGGUCCAUUAGGACAACUGGAGCACUGCCCAAUCCAGGCUGAGGCUACCUGAAGGCAACCCACUCCAGCAUGUGCCCUUAUCAGAGCUGAAGGUCAGGACUCCACCUGUUUCCUUUCCUGCUGUGUAUAUAUGUGAAUGUUGGUCUGCCUAUCUAUGUGUAUCCAUGUGUAUGAAAUGCCCACUUCUGAUCUUGCCUGUUCCUGUCACCUCUGGCUCAGCCCACCUGUACUGUGCGUGCCACGUCACCAAAUGCAAUGGGCACCAGCUGCUGUUUUGAGAUACUCUGAUAGCGAGCAUGAUAUCAGUGUACUUGAUGAAGAGUCUUCAAUAACUGGAGUCAUGGACUGAUCCAGGAAUAUCUGGAUGUUGCCAAAUGGGUAGCUUUCUAGAGUCCCAUAAGAGAACAAAAGAUGUCACCAUCUGAACAAAUCCCUGCACAGACCAGAUCAUGCAAUUCAGCCCACCAAAUGCCAUGAAGUUGAAAGGAGUGGCCUGCAGAAUGUCACUGCUAAAUCUCUGAUAAGUGAGUAAUCCUUGAACUGCUGAGAGGCAGAAAUUUCCCAUGCAAGAUGGAGUCUGAAUUAGUAUAUGAACAU